AUGAGUGAACCUAGCAAGCGUGGAUAUAGUAUUAUAGUAAGAAAUCUACCGAAUGGGUUUAAUGAAGAACAAUUGAAUCAAUUAUUUUCACCAUGUGGAAGAAUCAUUUCUACCAAAGUCCUACCACCAAAGCCUCUUUUUGAAGGUGAAUGUGGUUUUGUCAAUUUUGCCGAUGCUGAAAGUUGUCAACAAGCUGUUGAGCAACUGGAUCGUUGUUCUAUGAAUGGAUUCAUAAUAGAUGUGAGACAUGCGAUGCCUCGACCUGGAAAUAACACUUUUGAUCGAUCACCGAGCGGAUAUCGUACGACGUCUGCAACAAAUCCAAACUUCGAUGACAGCAAUGGCGUGUCGUCGCCUGGAACUGCUGCGCGAUUUAACGCUUUCCGACCAGCCAAUGAACAUCCAUCAAGUUCUACACCAUCCAAAUCUAUGUUCAGUAACAAUUCACAAUCAAAUAGAAACGAUGCCGAACGCGUAUCGAACACACCAAAGCCAAUACAAAAUAGUAGCACACCUAUACAACAAUUACAAACUACCGCAACUAGUAAAAAUUCAUUCGAGAAUGGAACAUCUAUGACUUAUCCGUUAGCGAAUAUUCAACAACAUGAACCAUUUGAGAAGGAUAAGACUUACAGUGUCUAUCUGUCGAACCUCGAAAUACCACACGUAGUAUUUGCAGCGACAUUGGAUGAUUAUGUUAAUGCAACAUUACUGAUCACACAAAUGAAUAAGCAUGAACAAAUAGUCAAAAAUCCAGCAAACUCGCACAAAACCAAAUUACUCGUCGGACAAAUCUGUGCAGCACAGUUUAAAGAUGAUUGGGGUAACAUUGGUUGGUGUGAUGCAAUGCUUCAAAUCCGUCCUCUACCCAAUGACUAUUACAAAGAUCCAGUUCUAUGUGCUAAAUGUAUCCUAGACGGCGUUCCAUCAGUGGAAAAACUGUCCGAACAACAAUCGAGUGCUAUUCUCAAAAUUCUUGUGCUUGAUGUUAAACUUGAAAUGACUGUGAUACGUUUUGAAAAUAACAUUCCGUAUGUGCGAUUGAAUUUAGGCGAAAAGAAUUUAAACAAUGAAAUUCGUGCUUUAUUGAAUGCAUCGACGGUGGUCAAAUCAGAUCCAGUUAUGCAAUUCGAUACGUAUCAGCCAGAAGUGGAUCUCGCUGGCAGUCAUUACGUUCAAUUAACAUCAGUCGAUGCAGAUCCUGAAUGUUUUCAUGUUUUACUAAUGCGUGAUUGUUUACCAACAAUUAUGAAUACAUUGAAAGAUUGGAAUGCAAACAAACAGCCGCUGGUCGGCCAACCAAAAUCAGAUACUUUGGUCUGUGCACAGUACGAUGUGGAUGAUCUUUGGUAUCGAGCAUGGAUUAGAAAAGUUACCAAUAAUGGUGCUUAUGUAUAUUUUGUGGACUUCGGUAAUGAAGAACACGUCAGUAACGAUCGUCUUAGUGAAUGCCCGGAUGUUUUGAAAAGUAUUCCUUGGCAAAGUGUACAGGUCAAAUUAGUGAAUAUCAACUUAACUGAUAAUGAACGUUACGCACUGUUAAGAGAUUUCGAAACUGAACGACUGGAAAUGAAAAUUUCACAGAAAAAUCAAAACAUUUAUCUGGUCGAAUUGUUUAAUAAUGGAAAAUCAUUGAGUGAUUACGUAGCAAAUCUAAGAAAGCAACAACCACCGCUACCACAGACCGUAGUCGCGUCUAAAAUUACAACAGAAAAUACUUCACAAAUAUCACUGGAGAAUUCACGUCCAAUUCUACAACCUAUACAAUCUACGCCUGACACAUUGAAACAAUUCAAUGGUAAUGCGACGCCUGUGGAUGUGAUAAAACGGCCGCUGUUUAGUAGUAGUCCUGGCGCGACUAGCGGAAGAAUACUAUUACCUGCCACUGAUCAAACUAAUGGUGCAACUUCUAACGAACUGCUAUCAACGUUGAUCAGCGAGCAACGUCGACAAAACCAUUUACUUGAACAAGUGAUUGCAGCGAUCAAUUCGACCAAUGCCCUUCUAACACAAUUAGUUCAACGUUGA